AUGGGAUCCUACGCUCUCAUCGGACUCCCACAAUGUCUCUUUCACCACCACACAAUUCUCCAAUCCUACAAACUAAACAAUCGAAGAACCCUAACUGUAUCUGCACUAGGAGCCGACACAUUUGAGGGAACAACACUGGCAGUCAUCGGAGGCGGCUCGGUCGCAGCAAUCGUCGUCGUGAUUUCACUCGCGGAACCCGAGAAGCGCCGACAGUUGCAGGCGGAGGAGGUUGACGGUCAUGUUCACGUUUCAGGCGCUGGUGCAGUGAAGAAGGUGUACAGGGGAUUUGAUCGGAAGAGAUGUAGCAUGGAACCAAGUAAUUUAAGGGAUUACAGGAAGAAACGCAGACGGGUUUCAUUGAAGGCAUUGAAGAAUUGGUCAAGACAGAUUUUGAGAGUGAAAUAUGAAAUGAGAACUUUAUCUCAGUUAAAUACAUUGAGCAUAUCGAGAAGAAACACAUGGAACCCGCGGAAUGUUAGUUCCUUAUUCUGUCAGAAUAGGUUUUACAAGUGUAUCACUACAAAUUACUUGGCAAUGAAUUUCUGGUGGAAAAGGCUUCAAGAAUGGAUUGAAGACCUGAUGGGAAAGGGUUGA